UCUCCCUGCAACCCAUGCGCAUUGCUUUUUAAUACAGGUGACACGAUUUUAAAUGAGAUAAUGUCAUGAAACAAUGAAGUGCAAUGUGUUUAGAGCACAACUGGACUACACUAAACAAACAGCCAAACAAAACAAUUAGGUGCUAUAUCUGCAGGUGUCUGGUGCGUCUUUCGAAAGUUUGCGUAAAACACCCUCGCGUAAAAGUACAAAUAAUCCAAAACAAAAGUGAACAACUUUCUUGGUCUUAAAGAAAAAGUGAAUCCUCGAUCUCGAGGGAGAGUGUGGGAAUGGCACGUCAUGAGAAAUACCUCCCCAGGCGAGCGGGUCUAGGUGUGGUCUAACGGCCAAAACCGGAACUGCGCAGAGAGCAGAGGCCAGUGACUGCGCAGGCGGGGACGGGGAAAGACGCGCACGGAGAGGAGAGGACAGAAGAGGACUUUUCGUACUGUUCUAGCGUUUUCGUUCGGAGUUACUGGCCCAUGAAAAGUGGCUGAAGCUCUCAGAAAGAUGAGUGGGUACGGAUCUCAGACCAGACUGCACCAGAUCGGACAGAGAUCCGGCUCACGGUCCGAUCUCACCGCGGGUUUCAGGAAUGACGGUGGGCAGGUGUUCAUGUCUGGAAAUGGAUACCAGUCGGGCUUUAACGAUGGCUUCGCGCAUCAGGUCGUUACGCAGUCUUACUCCCGAAACUCACAAGGAGGAGGAGGAGGAGGAGGAGUAGGACGGACUAUGUCAUCAUCCUCCAUGACUGUUCAGAAGAGAGCUCAGAUUCUUUACAACAAAUGUAUGAGCUCUCUGGAUCAAGCUCAACUCAUCCUGGAUAACAUGGGACCGGCGGCUGAAGUGGACAGAAACAUGGUUAUAGCUUUGGAGUACAUGGACCAGCUUGAAAUGUGUGGCCAGGAAUUAAAGAAUGCCGGUCAACCCAGUGACAUGAUAUUUAACGGGUUAGAGGAGUGCUAUAACAGGCACGUCGGCAUCCGAAGCUCAAUCACAGGAACGAUGAGGAGGGCCAGCACCUCAAUGAACACCACCAUGAACACCGGCAUGAUCACCGGCAUGACCACCGGCAUGACCGGCAUGACCACCGGCAUGACCAGCGGAAUGACCAGUGGCAUGACCAGCGGUAUGACCAGCGGCAUGACCAGCGGCAUGACCAGCGGCAUGAACACUGGCAUGACCACCAUGAACUGGGGGGAAUCUAACAAGAGCUUUCAGGAGGCAUUAGCAUGGAUCAACCAGAAGAAGCGCCUCAUCGAGACCGCACCCUUUGGCGAAGAUGAAGAAUCCAUCAAUCAACAAAUCCUGAACCACAACAAGUUUCACAGUUCGAUUCAGAGAAGCCAAGAGGUGGACCGAGCACGAGAUGAGCUGAGGCAGAGCAGAGAUAAAGGUGGAGUUCACGCCCUGGACCAAGAAUGGGAAACUGUACAGAAAAUGUCGAAUACUCGGAUGGUUCACCUGAAAGAACUGCAGAACAUCAUCGAGGAGAUUUCCAGAGCCAUCAUGUGGGUGAAUGACAGAGAAGAAGAGGAGCUGAUGUUUGAUUGGGGAGAUAAAAACAUUGAUUCCUACAUUCCCAAAAAACAAGAGAGCUACUCGAAACUGAUGUGUGACCUGGAAGAGAAGGAGAAAGACCUGAACAAACUGAAGGCAAAGGUGGACGGCCUCUUGAGGAGCCAACACCCGGCGUCUGAUAAGAUACAGGCGUACAUGGACACAUUACAGACCCAAUGGAGCUGGAUAUUGCAGAUCACCAAUUGCAUUCAAGUCCACCUGAAAGAGAACGCUGCCUACAGUCAGUUUUUCAAGGAGGCCAAUGAGACGUACACCAGACUGCAGAAAGACGACGACAGCAUCCGUAAGAGGUUCAUCUUUGACACGAAUACACCACUGGAGAACCUCACAGAAAUGGUCAAAGCCCUGGAGAAAGAAAAGGAGAGGAUCAUGGAGAAUAAGAGGCAGGUACAGACGCUGGUCAGCAAGUCCAAGAACAUCGUGUGUCUGAAGCCUCGGAACCCAGAGGAAAAGAGCAGCAGUCCGGUCAUAGUGAAAGCUCUGUGUGACUACAAACAAGAUCACAAAGGCAUUUUGAAGGACAACACAGGAAUUCUGAAGAACAACUCGGAGCGCUGUAAGUGGAACGUGACUGGACCUGGAGGAUUGGACAUGGACAUACCAUCAGUGUGUCUGAUCAUACCACCACCCAACCCUCUGAGCAUCAACCUGGCCAACAAGAACGAGCAGUACUAUGAAGCCAUCAUGUCCAUCUGGAGUCAGCUGUACAUCAACAUCAAGAGCCUGAUCUCCUGGCAGUACUGCAUGAAGGACAUUCAGUACAUUAACUCCCUCACACUCUCCAUGCUGUCUCAAAUGCGUCCCGAGGAGUAUCGUAACAUUAUCAAGAGUCUGGAGACCCACUAUCUGGAGUUUAUACAUAACAGUCAGGGCUCCAACAUGUUUGGAGAUGAAGACAAGAGACUCAUCGAGCUGCAAUACACAGGGGCACAGACGCAUUAUGACAAGCUGGUCAUCCAGCUACCCAACUACAGGGAGAAUGGAGUGGAUACCACUGUGAAGGUGGUGAACAAGAUUGGAACGGAUGUGAGAAAUGUUCAGAAAGACGUGGUGCAGACAGAUGGGAAGAAGCAGGUGUUGAAUAGCAAGGUGACGGUUAGCUCCGGACUGAACUUUGGGUUCAUGUCAGACCUGAGCGCUCUCAGAUACAAACUCGAGGCAGCGGAGGCAGGUCUGAUUCAGGACCUUCAUGUGCCUCUGAAGGAGAACAGCGUACAGGAGUGCUCAAAAAGACUUGUGCGGCUGCAGGGUGUGCAUCGUGAUCUGGACUCUAUCCGAGAUGAGUACCUGCGUCUGAGGGAAAAGAUCCUGAGAGAGCUGGAGGGAAGCACUAACGCAGAGCAGACCCGGUACCUGCGCACCGAACUGGACCACAUCAACAAGAAACUGGGCAGCUUGCAAGGCUUCUCGACGGCUUAUAUCCAGAGGCUCACGGCUCUUCAGGCUCUGCUGCAGAGUCUCCUGCAGGCUGAGGACGUCAUUAAAGUCCACGAAGCCCGUCUUACAGAGAAAGAAACGUCUUCUGUCGAUUCGGAUGAAGUUGAGAAAUACUGCGUGACUCUCAAGAACAUGAAAGCUGAUCUGGAGCAGAAGAAAGGUGUUUUAAAGACUAUGGAGUCUGAGCUGUCCAAGGCCCUCCACUGGAAUGGUCAGAUAGGUCAGUCUUUCCAUCAGUGUGACGUUGAUCUGUCCAAGUACACAGAACUGGUUGGGCAGAUGACUGACCGGUGGCGUCGAAUUGUGACUCAGAUUGAUAGCAGGACAUGGGACCUGGAAAAACAGUUGAAACAGUUGAAUCACUACAAGCAGACGAAUGGCAUGAUGAACAAGUGGAUUCAGGAGACACGUCAGCGCCAAGAUGCCCUCCAGAUGACUAAAUUCAGCAGUGUGGAAAAAUUGAUGGACCACCUGAACCAACAAAAAGCACUGUAUUCUGAGAUAAAAGGAAGAAAAGAAAAGGUGGAUGACGUGGUCAAAGAUUCUGACACAUGUGCUGCCUCCAUCAAGGACUAUGAGCUCCAGCUGGCUUCCUACAGUGCAGGUUUGGAGACACUUCUCAACAUUCCCAUCAAGAGGACUAUGCUGCAGUCUCCAGCCACUGAACUGAGACAGGAGGCAACAGAGAUGCAGUCACACUACAUAGAGCUCUUGACACGAUCAAGUGACUACUACAAGUUUCUCGGGGAGAUGCUGAAAAACAUGGAGGAGUUAAAGAUGCGGAACACUAAAAUUGAACUUUUGGAGGAGGAGCUGAGGCGUAUGAAGGAUAACUUCAACGAUCACAUGCAGAAGAACAAGUCACUAGAGGACAGUCUGGCACGCAAUCGGCUGGAGCUCAACCAAUCCAAAGAACAGCUAAUAUCUCUGGAAGAGAUAAAGAGAACCCAUCUCAUUCAAUGUAAUACUACUAAGGACAGCCUGGAUAGCACCCAGAAUCAGCUAAGGAGCUUACAAGACGAGUUGUCCCGCCUCACGUUGCUCAUCGAAGAGGAGAAACGCAAGCGGAGGCAGGCUGAGGAGCGAUACACCACCCAGCAGGAAGAGUAUGAGAUCACUAUCCGCAGGAGACAGAAAGAACUGGACGAUCUCAACCAGUCCAAGAGUCAAUAUGAAAGGGCCAUCAAAGAAAAAGAGCGGGAGAUCGAAAGGCUGAAAUCGAAGCUGGACGAUGAAGCCUCACGGCGCUCUGCAGCAGAGUCAGAGACCUCAAAGGUAAGAUCACAGUUGAGCCAGGAGAUUAAUAGCCUAAAGCAAACUUAUGAAUCUGAGAUCCACGUCACCAAGACCACCGUGCUCAUGGCUUCACAGCAGAAGGAUGAAGAAUCAGUGACCCUAAAACUCCAGCUGGAUAGAUUAAAUUCUGAGAAAAGGGACCUACAGGAAGAACUUAAAAAGGUGCAGCUCUCGGUCAGUCGCACAGAAGAAGCAAGGAGGAAAGCAGAGGCGGAUGCACAUCAGCAGAGAUCUUCAGCAACAGAGACGGGCAGGUUCAAGAAAGAACUGGAGUCAGAGAUUCAGAUCAUGAGACGAUCAAGAGAAGAGAUCGAGACAAGACACAAGGUGGAACUGGCCGAGGCCAACCGAGCAGCUCAGGAUAAGGUCCAUCAGAUUAACGUGUUGACACAGAACCUGCAAGAUGAGGCCAGAAGAAGGAAAGCCCUGGAGGUUGAGAACCAAAGCCUCAGACAAUCUCAAAGCGAACUUCUCACUAAGCACACUUCCACCACCGAGACCAUUAACAAGCUGAAGAUCACUGAGCAAGAGAUACUGGUCAUGAAGAGAGAGAUGGAGAAGCAAACAAAUGAGAGGAGCAGGUUGGAACAGAACACCACCAGACUGCAGAGUCGCAUCAAUGAACUGCAGUCUAAGGUCAAUGAGUUGCAGGCUGAACUGGAAACAGAGAGGAGAGGCACACAGGAUGAGCUCACAAGGAGAAAAAGAAUAGAAAUUGAACUGGAGAGGGUGAACCAGACGUGCCGUGAAUACACCACUACCAUCAGCACUCUGCGGGCUAACCACGAAAAAGAAAGUGUUUCCGGCCGCAGAUAUGACCAGGAGAUUCGCGGUUUACGUGACGAGUUGGAUAAAAGCCAGAAGGAGUAUAAGGUCACGGUAGAGAAUUUGACCAGGGUGACGGUUGAAUUGAAGGCCUUGCAGCAGCAGCUUGUACAGGAACAGGCCCGCGUCCGGGAGGCGAAUCAGCGCAACGAUUCUCUCUAUAAGACUAUAGAGGACAAGAGUAGAGUGCUAAAUGAGAGCACCACUGAGAUUGAGAAGCUGCAAAGCCUCACCCAGAAUCUUACCAAGGAACGUCUGCGGCUAGAGGAAGAGCUGAGGAGUGUGCGAAUGGAGAGGGAUGACUUUAAACGAGGCCUGAGCACCAUCGAGAGCGAAAGUGCAUCACGAUUGUCGGCCAUUCAGUUCCAGUUGCAAACCAGCAAUAACAGGGCACUGGAACUGCAGGAACUUAUCAAUGAACUGACUAAAGAGAGAGAAAGUUUAAGGGUGGAAAUUGCUCAAAUCCAAAAGCAAUUCUCUGAGACAUCGCUGAUGAUCCAAAGGUCUGAGACCCACUACAAAGAAAUCGUCCAAGAGAGAGACAGUCUCUUAGCCAAACUGAAACUAUUGGAUCAGGACAAAGGAAAGCAGCAGCGCUAUGAAGAGGAGCUCAGACGCAUCAAAGUCUCCUUGGAAUCCGAGACGAUGCAAAAGAAACGCUUCCAAGAUGAAAUUGAAAAAAUUUCAAAAGAGUUCAUGUACUGGAAGAGCCAGUACGAGUUAAAAGAAGGGCAGAUCAGGCAGAGCGAGUUAGAUAGAGACAAAGCAGAGAGAGACAGGGCCUCCUUGAGGAGUGAGAUCCAGAGACUGACUGCUGAGCUGAGGAGUGUGGACGAACGCUACAAGACUCGUAUUCAGAGCUCAGAGAGGGAAAUCUCAGAGCUCACUCGGCUAAGGGAGUCCCUAGAAAUGGAACUGAGGAGGUUGCAGCAGCGUCCAAUUGCAUCCGUUAAGUAUACACAGACUGAAGAGAUCGCUAAACCUCAGGAGUCAACGAAUAUGACAGUAAAAGGCCUUCGUACUGAGGUCACGCUUACAGAGCUUGUAGAUUCUAAAUUGCUCAGUCAAGCAGAUUUGGAUCAAAUAAAUCAAGGAAAGCUAACAGGCAAAGAUAUUGAGGACAGGCUCAAAAAGUACCUCAGUGGUUCUUCUUGUAUUGCUGGUAUUUACGAUGAGGCCAACAAUAGUGUCAUGCCCUUUUACCAGGCCAUGAAAGACGGACUACUCCGACGGGGAACCACACUAGAGCUCCUCGAGGCCCAGGCUGCCUCCGGUUUCAUUAUCGAUCCAGUCAACAAUAUCUGCAUGACAGUAGAGGAUUCAUGGAGGAGAGGUCUUGUAGGAAAGGAGUUUAAAGACAAACUGCUGUCUGCUGAGCGGGCUGUCACUGGAUACAAAGAUCCCGCAACUGGAAAAAUAAUUUCGCUCUUUCAAGCUAUUGAAAAAGAAGUGAUCGAAAGGGGUCAUGGCAUUAGACUGCUGGAGGCUCAGAUAGCCAGUGGCGGCAUCAUCGAUCCUAAAGGGAGCCAUCGAAUUGAAGUGGACGUGGCCUACAAGAAAGGUUACUUUGAUCAUGAAAUGAAUGACAUUUUGUCAUAUGACGGUGACGACACCAAAGGUUUCUUUGACCCCAACACUCAGGAAAACUUAACGUAUCUGCAACUAAAGCAGAGGUGCAUCACCGAUCCCAAGAGCGGCCUCACCCUUUUGCCUUUGAAAGACAAGACGAAGCCAAAGCAGACAACAACUCAAAAGAACACACUACGCAAGAGAAGAGUUGUAAUUGUAGACCCUGACACAGGAAAAGAGAUGACUGUUCGGGAAGCGUACCACCGGGAGUUGAUUGACUACGACACUUUCCUGGAACUUUCUGAACAGGAGUGCGAGUGGGAGGAGAUCACUAUCUCAGGAUCUGAUGGCAGCAAGCGAGUAGUUCUUGUUGAUCGCAAGACUGGAAACCAGUAUGACGUUCAAGAUUCACUAGACAGGGGAAUUAUUGAUAGACAAAGCCUGGAAAAGUAUCGUGCGGGGACUUUGACGCUCACCGAGUUUGCAAGUAUGAUCAACAGUAGAAGCCGUGGCUUGGAGCUUAACAUCCAGUCCAGCAGUGCUGAGGACGUUGCCACUUGCAGCAGUCCCACACAGAUCGCGCCAUCAUCUCCGACCGUCCGCAAACGUUUCUCUGGCAUAUCCAUCACACUCUCCCCUCCAUCUGAUAUGUUUGAUGACCAGAGCCCUGUGGGAGCCAUCUUUGACACAGAGACCCUAGAGAAGAUAACCAUCUCUGAGGCACAGCGGCGCGGUAUAGUGGACAACAUCACCGCUCAGAGGCUCUUGGAAGCUCAGGUUUGUACGGGAGGUUUGAUAAAUCCUGCCUCCGGCCAGAGACUCUCUCUGAAAGAUGCCGUACAACAGAGCAUCAUCGAUGAUGACAUGGCUGCCAAACUGAAACCAGCACAGAAGGCUUAUGCGGGUUUCGAGGAUGUGAAGACCAAGAGGAGACUGUCUGCCGCCGAGGCCAUCAAGGAAAAAUGGCUGCCUUACGAGGCAGGCCAGAGGUUCCUGGAGUUCCAGUAUCUGACAGGAGGACUUCUCGAGCCUGAAACUGGCCGGCGGGUGAGCAUUGAAGAAGCCAUCCGAAGAGGAUGGCUUGAUGGAAAAGGAGCACAAAAGCUGCAGGAUACGAGGAACUACAUUAAGAAUCUUACUUGUCCUAAAACCAAACUGAAAAUCUCAUACAAAGAGGCGAUGGAUAACUGCAUGGUGGAGGAGAACAAUGGCAUGAAGAUGCUCCAGGCUACUUCCAUGUCUUCAAAAGGCAUAAGCAGCCCCUACAACGUGUCCUCUGGUCCAAGCUCUCGCUCAGGAUCUAGAGCAGGGUCUCGUACUGGCUCACGCAGGGGCAGUGUUGACUACUCUUCCGUUAGUUAUAGUGUGAUGACAUCUUAGUAAGUCAACUGCUAAUUCCUAUCCUUAAGAUGAAACAAGAGUUUAUUUUCAUGUUUUAGGUGUGGGGUUGAGUUGACAUCAGUUUCCAUAUAGAAUAUACAUUUACUAAGAUUUUAAUGACCAAACUAAUGAUGAUGCUUUUUCUUGGGUGGGUUUAUCAAGAUGCGGUUUUAGAUUAGCAAUGUGAUAGAUGUGAUUAUUUACAAGGGAAAUUUGUGACUUUUUUUAAUGACAUUCAGCGUAUUGUUUAUUUUUAACAUUUUCUCACUUGGCUUUUCUGGUAUAUAAACAUUUGCACCUUUUAUCUAAAUCAUCUGCAUAUUUGGCUUCUAUAUCAACAUGUAUUCAGAAACAUCAAAGCUUUGUUUUGCUUUUAACUGAUGGGAUUGUUUAUAAGGUAAUAUGAACAAUAAAGCAUAUUAUUCUAUCAAAAUGUAAAA